AUGAGAGGGCUGGAAGAGUUGGCAACGAAGUCCCUUCUAAUCUCGCCGGUCCCAGGCGCUCCGGCAGGCGGAGCCGGUGCAGUCUCCGGUUCGUCUUCGUCCCAGGCCGACUGCCACGGGCUCUUGUACAAUCUAUCGCUCGUCGUGCCGGCCGUGCUAUUUGUUGCGUACCUAGCGUCGCAGUCUCGGCGGAGCUUCGCUAAGCUCAGCUAUGGACGAUCUUAUAUCAUGAUCGCGUACUAUGCACUCCUCUGGAUCGUCAGCGUUCUCAAUUUCAUUUGGUGCGUUCUCCAGUCAUGGCAAUGUACACCUACCAAGGAGGUUUCAUGGAACAUGUUAUCACUGUGCACAAAAUCAGGAAUGCUGUUUCUGGAAAUCAGCUUGAUUGCCUUUUUACUUCAAGGAAACCAUGCUGGUGAUUUGGAAGCUUUCACACGCACAUUUGUUGUAUCAGGAGUUAUAGUUGCAGCAGAUGUGCUGCUCAAGGCUAUCUAUUUAUUUGGUUUUGGAGUGCCCUUGUUCAUUGAUGGUGGCGAUCAAUCAAAUAGAGUGAAAUGGGGCUUGUGGAUUGUGCAUAAGCUAUUGCUCACUGCCAUUUAUGGCUUGAUUUUAUUCAUGCACCAUUCUAAAUGGAGAGAGAGACUACCUGCUCGGCCAGCUUUCUACAACUACAUCUGGGUCAUGUUCUUGAUUAAUACAAUAUCGCUCUUCUCCUGUGUGAUGAUGGAAAAUGGAGUAGGGUUUGGGUUCUGGUUGCAUGGUCUGACAACUAUCUGCUACCAUUCAUUUUAUCUUCCUCUGCUCUAUAUGACAUUCCUUGCAGAUUUUUUCCAGGAGGAAGAUUUGAGGUUGGAGAAUGUUUACUACUCGGAGAUGAAAGACGCUGGUUUCUUCGAUGCUGACUGGGAGUAGGCUCCUUCUUACGUACAAUGGCUUGCUGUAAUUUACUGCAACGGUAGAAGAAGUUUGUAUAAAUCUAACUAUAACCUGAUUGGCGCUCAUCUCUUCACGCUUAAGUGCACACAGCUCCGCCGAUCUCAUAGAUCUGUACAAUAUUUUGUAAUGAAAAAAUAAGUAAAAAAAAAAAGAUACAUAUUUUUCUGCAAGCAUAUUAGUUGGACAUGCUUUUGUUAUUUUCCAUUUAGUCUAAGGAACUCUAUAUUUACUAAAGGCUAAAGGUGUUAUUGAUCUCAUUCCACUAUCUAUCUACGAUGUUCCAUAUGCCACUAUGUUUUCUUUCUCCGUAAAUGGUGGAUUCUGUGCUGUAUGCUUUUGACAUAUUUCAAAGCUAGUAAAAUGAAUGGUCUGUGCUCUCUCUGCUUU